AUGGCUGGAGGAUCUGUUUUCGCGGGUGGUGACGAGGAAGAUACUACCAUCGUCGACAUUGAUGACAUCCAAGCGCACGGCAUUGGUGCUACUGACAUUGCGAAGCUGAAGGCUAACAAUAUAUUUACCAUCGUCACUCUUUGCGCGUGUCCUUCCAAGCGGCUUCUUAAGAUCAAGGGGUUCUCUGAUAUCAAGGUCGAGAAGAUCAAGGAGGUUGCCAAGAAGUUGUCGCCAACCAGUGGCUUCAUCACUGCUGCUGAGCUCGGUCAGAUUCGCAAGCGAUGCAUUAGGAUCUCUACUGGCAGCAAGCAGCUUGAUGCUGCGCUAAAUGGUGGCUUUCAGACUAUGAGCCUCAAUGAGGUUUAUGGGGAAUUUCGAUGUGGCAAGACUCAGCUUGCGCACACCAUGGCUGUCAUCGCUCAACUUCCAAAAGAAAUGGGCGGCGCUGAAGGAAAGGUUGCCUACAUUGAUACCGAGGGCACUUUCCGUCCAGAGAGAAUUAUGGAAAUUGCAGAGCGCUUCGGCGUUGAUCCCGACCAAGCCUGCGAGAACAUUGCUUAUGCUCGUGCUCAGAACACCGAAAUGCAAGCCGAACUUCUAGAUGGCCUCGCCGCAAGCUUCGCCACCAACGAGUAUCGUCUUCUCAUCAUCGACAGCGUCAUGUCUCUCUACCGUACGGAUUAUGUUGGUCGUGGAGAGCUUUCGGAGCGUCAACAAGUACUUGGUCAAUUCCUUCGCCGCGCUACACAGAUGGCUGAGGAGUUUAAUCUCGUUGUUUUGAUGGCACAUACAUCUCCCAAUGAUUCAACAAACCAAGUCAUGUCGGAUCCAGGUGCAAGUGCUCUCUUCGCAGGAGUCGAUGGACGUAAACCUGCUGGAGGCCACAUCCUUGCCCAUGCUUCUACUACCAGACUUCUACUCCGAAAAGGUCGUGGUGAGGAGCGUGUUGCUAAAAUUGUUGAUUCUCCAGACUGCCCCGAGCGUGAAGCUACUUAUAUUAUUACCACUGGUGGCAUCAAUGAUCCAGAAAAGGCUUGA